AUGUUGCGGGACACACCGGCUUGUAGAUUUGGGACAUUAUCCACCGCCCUAGCCAACAUCGCUCUCUUCACCGCAAAUAGCAUCGGUGUAUGCGAUCCGUUUAGUGUGUUGGUUGUUGGUGGGGCUGUUUUUCGAAUGUUGCUGCUUCCGGCAACGAUUUAUGGCGACUGCUGCCUUGCCCGCGUGGCCUGCGCGCUGCCUGAACUGCAGGAUGCUCACCAGGAUUACAAGACGAUCAUCGACCACCCCCGUGCAAUCCUGUGGGAAAAGAAGGUUGCCGCACAAAAGCUUAAAAAUGAUCGUGAGCGUAUUUUCCGUAACCAUCACACAGACAACGUGCGUCUGGUGCUCCUUCAUCUCGUUGCCAUGGCGGGGUCGUGGUACAGUUUGUGCAUCCCGGCACAACAGCUGAGUGAGUUUGUUGGGGCCAGUGCGGUGACUUCGUCCAUGAUCGUUUAUGCGUUUGGUGUCACGAUGGAUCCAACGAUUGGAGUUGCGGCCACGUUGACGCUUUUAAAUACUCGCGAUCACUUGCAGCGCCGAAUUGGUUUUAAUGACGGACUCGAUGAGUGGAUACGGCAGAUAAAACGGCACAUGACUUUCACCUGGAGCGCCUUCGUAGCAGUUUCACUGCUCGGUCAAUGUUUUGCUGGACCUGUCUUCUUAUCGUACCUUUUUCCAUUUCAACUUGCACCGGUGUGGCUUGGCAUUAGCAUGAUGAGUAGCUGCAAGAUUAUUCUUGUGAACCACACGGCGCCGAUGCGAGCGCUGUUUGGUAUCCAGGACUAUCCACUGACGCACGGCACGCACGGAGCAUUGACCACGGCAGAGGCACAUGAAUACAGACUAGAGUUUACGGGUGUGGACGCGGAGGAGCGGCGGGAUAUGUGGCAAACCCAAAAGAAGGCAUUGGACUAUGAGUGCAAUGUACGACUCCACCGAAUGCUAAAGCAAAUUGGUCUCUUUGAUAGUGUUGAAGAAGCCGAGUACGAGGCUGAAAAUUUGCGGAGGAAGUUGGAUGUGGUCAGAGACCGACAAAAGAAGCGCAAGCAGGAACAAGAGCGCAAUGACGCGGAAUUGUCUUCCUCGAUGGCCCUCUGUGAAGCUGAUAUUGUGGGACCUUCUGCCGAGUCUGUGGCAGAGCGUCACUUUGACGAGAUUCAGGCACAGAACAACGCGCGACGGCAGAGGGGCAGAGGCCUGUGA